AUGAUUCGAAGAGUGGUGGUUUUUGUGAUCUGCAUGGUCACAAUGAAUGUUUUGAUUAUGUAUUUGUUAUCAAUCAUGUACCCGAAAGUCGAGAAAAUUGGAUGUGAUUUUGAGGUUUGUUACUUUUUUUUUUUACUUUGCCAGAGGAAUUUGAUUUGGAAAUAAUUCUUUUUUGUUCAGACCGCGAAUUGCGACGCAAAAAUCGAAGUUCCCAAGCUCAACCCAUGGAUCAAAGCUGCUUUUGCGAUCACUUUGGCAUAUGCAAUUCACAAAAAUGUUUUGAGACAGAAUCCGUUGGAAGGCUUUCGUGCAGACAGAAAUAAUUGA